UUGCUACUUCAACGUCUUUAAUGAUUCUUUUCUAUGGGUUGUUCUUUCAGAACACAUUGUCAGAAUUCUGAUGAUGAUUUUGGCAUAGCUAGUCCAGAAAAUGAUAGAGCUGCAUCACAAUGUAGUUCUCCUCGUCUAACUGAGAACAUCGAAAGAAAUAUGGGUGAAUCAUCAAACAAUGUAGGUGAAGUAUCAAGUAAUGAAGGCAUGCAAAAAAUGGUGGAAAAAUGUUCACUACCUUUGCAUAGUAGAAGGGCAAGCUCAUCAGCAUGUACUUAUACAUUAGACAUACCAACCAAGACAACCAUGAGAGUUGAAAGUUUCAAAUCACCAAAACAUCAUGAACGUGUACUCACCAAUGAAGGUACAACAUGUUCACUAGGGGAUGAAUCAACUCCAAGAACUUUCCUACCUUCACCAGGCAUGUACCUAUGCUUUAUGUUAUCAAAAUUUUUAAUUUAA